AUGAUAGGCCUUACCUGGAACUGUAGGGGGCUUGGGAACCCCCGUACAGUUAGAGAGCUCCAUAUGUUGGUGAAAACUAAGUGGCCCAAGUUCAUUUUCUUAAUAGAAACUAAAUGUGGUAGGAACAAAGUUGAGGAGGUGAGAUCAAGGGUGGGUUUUGACUGUUCUAUAGUGGUUGAAAGUAGGGGAUUGAGUGGAGGACUGGCCUUUAUGUGGCAUAGUGAAGAUAAUUUCAUCCUGCAAUCUUAUUCUCAGCACCACAUUUCUAUGCUUCUGCAAAUGGAACACAACAGUGAACAAAACCUGUUAACUGGUUUUUAUGGCUCGCCAGUAACAGCUCAUAGGAGAGACAGUUGGAAGCUUUUGAAUUUUUUGAAACCAAGAGAGGGCCUGGCAUGGCUUUGCUUUGGAGACUUCAAUGAGAUUAUGCACCUACAUGAGAAGCAGGGGGGAGCAGUGAGACCUUACCACCAGAUGGAAGAAUUUAGCAGAAGUUUGAUUGAGUGUGGCCUGAGUGAUAUGGGGUUUGAAGGCAAUAAAUUCACAUGGUGUAAUAAUAGAGAGGGGCCUUUUUUCACCAAGGAAAGACUAGAUCGUGCAUUGGAAAAUUUGGAAUUGACCUUGAACUUCUCUGAAUGUUGCAUCCAGGCUCUAGCAGCACAAUCUUCAGACCAUAGUCCUCUUGUAAUGCAUCUAAAGCAGGGUGGGAGAAGGUAUAUCAGCAACGGGAAUAGGAAGGAGAGAAUUUUCAGAUAUGAAGCCUCAUGGAAAAUGCAUGAAGAUUGCAAUACAAUAGUAACCAACUGCUGGUCCCCUCAAUUACAUCAAAGAGGUUCGCAUAUGUGGUGGUCUCAGCAAUGUUUGAGCAAGUGCAAAGAAGGCCUAGUGAAGUGGAGUAAUACCAUCCUUAAACAACAAAGGAAAGUUAUUCAAUCGAAGCUGGCUCAAUUGGCUAUUCUGCAGGAAGACAACACUGGAGCAGACAAUAGUACUAUCAGGGAGCUUCAGCUAUGUGCCAACCAGAGAAGGAAAACUAAUGAGAUCAAUUGCUUGGUUAGGGAAGAUGGUAGCCUGUCCAGGGAUUUAGAGGAAAUUUCUGAGUGUUUUGGGAAUUACUACCAAUCCCUUUUCACUUCAGAUGACCCUGUGGGUAUUGAUGGAUGUAUAGCCAGGCUUGACAGGAAGGUGGACAGGAACAUGAACUCCUUACUGGAUGCAGAUUUCUCAGCUGGUGAGAAUAUAGUUGGUGAUAAGGUUACUCAAGCUGUUCUAGAGGUCCUCAACUCAGGGGGAGAUAUCAGUGGUAUAAACCAAACUUUUAUAGUGCUCAUUCCCAAGGCUAAAGGACCUAAAACUGUCAAGGAAUUCAGACCUAUCUCGCUGUGCAAUGUGUUAUACAAAGUAGUAUCAAAGGUCCUUUCCAAUAGGCUUAAGUUAAUCCUCCCUCUAAUUGUAUCCCAGACACAAAGUGCUUUUGUCCCCGGGAGAAUGAUCCUUGAUAAUGUAAUUGUUGCUUUUGAAACCAUGCACUUUAUGUCAAUUCGAGGGGGGAGACAGCAAGGUCAUAUGGCCAUUAAGCUUGAUAUGAGCAAAGCAUAUGACAGGGUUGAGUGGGUCUUCUUACAAGCUGUUAUGGUCAAGCUGGGAUUUUCAGAGAAGUGGAUCAGAUUGGUUAUGGGUUGUGUAACAAGUGUGUCUUACUCUAUGCUCCUUAAUGGGUCCUCACAGGGUUUCUUUAAACCAUCAAGGGGCAUUAGGCAGGGGGAUCCCCUCUCCCCAUACCUUUUCCUGCUAGUGUCUGAGGUGCUUAGCAAUGAUUGCUUGCUGUUUUGUAGAGCAAAAGCUGAGGAAUGGGCCACUAUUAACUAUCUACUCAUUAUUUACGAAGGGGCCUCGGGUCAGAAGAUCAACAAGGAUAAAACCUCAAUCUACUUCAGUGCCAAUACUAAACCAAAAGCUAAAGACUACAUAUUGGGAUUAGCUGGCACUAGAGCUACCAAGUGCUAUGAGAGGUAUCUUGGUCUGCCUUCUCUGGUAGGUAGAUCAAGGUACAAAGCUUUCAAAAACAUUAUUGACAGAGUUAAAAGUAAAGUGACCAACUGGAAGACAAAGCUCCUCUCACAGGCAGGGAAAGAGGUUCUCCUCAAAGCAGUCAUCCAGGCUCUUCCAACAUAUAGUAUGGGAGUUUUCAAGCUCCCUAAAGUGUUAUUGAUGGAAAUCAACAAGGUGAUGAACCAGUUCUGGUGGGGCAAACAGGAUAAGGGUAAUAAAGUGCAUUGGGUCUCCUGGAGUCAAAUGGGAAAAUCAAAGGAGUCAGGAGGGAUGGGGUUCCGAGACUUUGAGUGUUUUAACACGGCACUCCUGGCUAAGCAAGCAUGGCACAUCAUCCAGUUCCCUACAUCUCUGGCCUCCCAAGUCCUCAAGGCAAAAUAUUUCAGGAACUCUAGUUUUCUUCAGGCCAAGUUGGGGGCCAGACCUUCUCUUAUUUGGAGGAGUAUUUAUUCCUCAAGGGCUCUAAUUGAGAAAGGUUCAAUAUGGAGAAUUGGUAAUGGAAAGGAGACUAAAAUAUGGAAGGAUAGAUGGUUACCUCAACCUUCAUCUUUCAUGGUUCAAGGACACGGGCUAAUCAAUGAUGAGGAAGCUAUGGUAGCUGAACUUAUAAAUGAAAACACCAAACAGUGGGACAGGGAAAAGAUCCUAAGGUUGCUUGGACCUUCAAAUGCUGCAGUGAUCCAGAAGAUUCAUGUGAGCACGAGUGGAGCAAGGGAUAGGCUUGUCUGGUUAGGCACUAAGGAUGGUGGUUUCAUAGUAAGGAGUGCAUAUCAUUUGCAAAAGGAACUCACAACAGGUCAGAAGGGUCAGUCAUCAAGUGGAUCUCUUGAUUUCAAAAACUGGACUUGUUUUUGGAAAUUAAAGAUUCCCAAUGCAGUCAAGGUUUUUCUAUGGAGAGCAUGCUUAGAAUCAUUGCCUACAAUGUCGAACCUCUUCAAGAAGAAGAUUGUGAGCUCUCCUCUCUGCCCAGUUUGCUGCAGUUCUGAUGAGACAGCAGGUCACAUUCUGUGGAACUGUCCCUCAGCCAUGGACGUGUGGAGUUAUGGACCAAAGAGAAUCCAAAAAAGCUCUGUGAGGGCAGAGAGCUUUUUCAAGAUCAUUGAGGAGCUAAGGGACCUAUGUGACAUACAAACAUUGGGGGCUUUUGCUAUGACAGCAAGGGAUAUCUGGCAAAGAAGAAACAAGCUGGUUUUUGAGGGAUCCUUUCUACAUCCUAGACUUCUAGCACAGAGGGAUGCCCAUCAACUGGAGGACUUUAAACUGGCUCAGGUGGUUCCAAUGCCUGACUCCCGCUUGCACACCAACCAGGCAUCCAUAUGGUCUCCUCCUCCAGAGGGAACUGUAAAGGUAAAUUGGGAUGCAGCCGUGAGUGAAGCACGUGACAGGGUGGGGUUUGGUCUGAUAGCUAGAGAUCAUAGGGGUAAUGUGGUUGCUGUAAAGAGGGUAGCAAGGGAAGGCUGUGUUGCUCCUUUGCUGGCAGAGGCUAUGGGAGGACUUCAUGCAGCUAUGUUUGCAUCCGAGCUCAACCUGUCCUCAGUGGUAUUGGAGGGUGAUUCUCUGCAGGUGGUCCAGGGUCUUAGCCUUCACAAGGAGAGGUGGGAUAGUGUGGACUUGGUGAAAGGCUACGAAAUAACAUUCAGGAAGCAGCACAUGGAGUAUUUAUCUUGUAAAACUUCUAAUCAUGGUCCUAUGCUUGUUCGUAACAUGAAGGUAGAUGGAAGAGAUCCGUCUAAAGAUGAGAUCAAAGAGGCGCUUUUAUCUAUACCUAUACAUAGCAGUAUAGCACCUGAUGGUUUUGGAUCAGCAUAUUUUAUUGCUUGCUGGGAUAUUGUGAAAGUGGACUUGGUGGAGGCAACAAGAGAAUUUUUCUCUGGUAUAGAGCUACCAAGAAGUAUUUUUGAGAAUAUAUCGCUGGCUCAAGAGAAGGGCAAGAUUGAAACUCUUGAUCAUGUCUUGUGUUCAGGGGAUUUUGCUCAGGCAAUGUGGAGGAAGGCAACUCAGAUUUUUGGUGUUGCGGGUACAGACAGAUUACUUCUAGCCGAAUUGAAUAUUUCCUUGCAUAAUCCUAAAAUGCGGCCGCCACAAAUUGUAAGCUGGAGUAGAUCAAGGCAAGGAUGGGUGAAGUUCAAUGUUGAUGGCUCUUAUAGAGGUAACCUAGGGAGUUGGUGUGGGGGUAGUAUUUUGCAAAAUGAUGCAGGACGGAUGUUGAUUGCGUUCUCUUCUAAAUUUGGUUUUGGUAUUAAUAAUGAAGCGGAACUUAGAGCGCUUAUUUCUAGAUUAUUACUUUGUUGGGAGAUGGGGAUUUUGCAUGUUGAGAUAGAAUGUGAUUUAGAUUUGGUUGUACGUUGGAUUAGGAAUAAAGCUUGUACAAUCUGGUAUCUGUGGAAUUUUUGGAAGAAGUUUCUUCAAGCUCUUCAUGGAGUUGAUUACACGAUUUCUCAUUUGUUUCGAGAAGGUAAUAAAGUGGCAGAUUUCCUAGCAAGGCAGGAAGAUGAGGGUUUGAAUUGUAGAUAUUUGCAUUAUGAUGAUUUACCCUUACAGGUUAGAGGUUUGCUUAGAUUGGAUUAUCUUGGUUUGCCUAGUUUAAGUGUUUAA